AAAAAUGGGGACGGAGAAGUACUAAAAUGCAAGAAUCAAAUGGUUGUGCUUUUGCUUGCAGACUGUGGAAACUGGAACCAAAGUAGAAAAUAGACUGAAUGGAGGUACCUUGGGAUGCCUUAGACCUAGACGACUCUGAUCUCCCCUCUCUCCUCCGCCCUUGCAAACGCCAAACUCACCACCACCACCACCAACAAAAACAACCCCUCGACGAUCACAAUCACAACCCCGGCUCACUGUCACAGCAAUCUCCGCGCAUCAUUCCGGGCCCCGCAGGUGCCGUCCAGGCCGCCAUGCUCCGUAAGGCUCUCGCCAAUCGAAACCCCGUUGCCGCUGCCGGCAUUGAUGACGAUGAUGCUCCAGUCACUACCCAGGAGUACAUCAGGAGGGCGUUGGAAGACGGAGAAGAUGACGAUGAUUUCAAUCGCAACCCCUGGCUUUCCGUCCUAGAAUUCCUCGGUCACCAAGGAGCAGUGGAUUCUUUGGACUCUAUCAAGAAAUGCCGAUACAUUGACAAACUUGAUCAGGUUGUUGCUAUCAUCAAAACAUGCACACCAAACGGCCUCGGUGAUCUGAUUGCCACGCUGAAGGAUCCUACGGGUACAAUUGACGCUAGCAUUCAUCAUAAAGUUCUUGAUGACGUUGAGUUAGGAAAGCACAUUUCAGUUGGUUCUGUCUUGAUUCUCCAAAAGGUUGCUGUAUUUGUCCCCUGUCAAUCUGCACACUGUCUUAACAUAACAGUAAGCAAUGUGGCCAAGGUCAUCUCUAAGGACAGCGGACCUCUAAUAAAACAAGGUUGCCCUGUAUCAGUAAUCAGACCUGUUCGUAGAGGUGGUGAAUACACAGGUAAUGUUCCCAAGGUCAUUUCUCUGGAGUCGGACAGAAUUGAAGGCAUCGUGGACAAUGUCAGGCAAUCUGGUAGUAUGAGAAAUCCUGCUCAAAUUGAUAAGCUAAUGGACAAAGGAAAUCCAACUCAACUGAGUGGGCACUGUGGAGAUCAAAAUGGUGCUCUAGGGGCUCUAGAAAUCAUGAAGAAGACAGCAAGAAUAGAUUGCAUUGAUGAUGACCAAAGGGGUUUGGAAUUUGGGGACAGAGUGAAACCUGGAGGCUAUCAACCAAGUAGCCUCCAGCAUAGUAGCCCUGUGGCAAAGUUGGCUGAGAGCCAGAAUGAUCAAGAUAGUCAGAUAAUAAAUGGAACUCAGAACCAAAGACAGACAGUGAUAUCAAAAGCCUUCAUUCCCGAAUGGACAGAUGAACAACUAAAUGAGCUUUUUGCCGCUGAAAGCGAUGAUGGCUACUCGAUUUUCUGAUGCCAAACUGGUCCUUGCAACUCAAGGGGAGGAGUAUUUACCAAUGUGCAGCGAAGAAUCUUUUUGGUCAAUCUUAUUAGCUGAACACCAUAUAAAAUACUGUGUUUUUUUUUUUUUUUUUUGAACGAAUCUUUAAUGCGGUGACAAAUAUAUUGUAAAGCUUUUUUCUUGACGUUCAUCAUCUGGUGGUUAGUAUUCCAUUGUCAAUAAAUAUUGGUUGGAAUUUUUUGAAUGUGGAUUUCUAUGCCUGAAGUUUGCAAUAAAUUUUGGGUGUUCUUUUUGUCUAAAAUGCCCUUGGGUUUGUGC